AUACAUUCAAAAAUCGUAGUUUUAUUUGUUCCUUCAAUUAACUAAACCUAAUUUUAUUGUUAUAAUUAUUAGUAUAUUCAAUAUAAGUAAAGUUACUUGUUACUCCCCAAAUGGAUCACCUGGAUCCCUUGUUUGGAAGCCCCAGCCUCGAAGCAACCCGAACUCGAACUCAAACCCGAACAUGAACGCAAACGCAAACGCAAACGCAAACCCAAACCAUUAUUACCCGUUAUUUAUAGUGUCAAGCACGCCAACAUCAUCGUCUUCAACCCCAGGACGCAUCUUUCUGACUCGCUCUUUCUGGUAAUCGAUGGACUCGGGAAAUUACCGAUCAGAGAUUGUGUUCUUCGAUGUGGAGACGACGGUGCCCACCCGCUCGGGACAGCGUUUUGCCAUUUUGGAGUUCGGAUCAAUCCUAGUGUGCCCUAGGAAGCUAGUGGAGCUGGAGAGCUACUCCACCCUCGUCCGGCCCUCCGACCUCUCCCUCCUCAGCUCCUUGUCCGUUCGCUGCAACGGCAUUACCCGAGACGCCGUCAUUUCCGCCCCAACCUUCACCGACAUCGGCCCCAGGGUUUAUGACCUUCUUCACGGGAGGAUUUGGGCGGGUCAUAAUAUAUUGAGGUUUGAUUGUGCCCGGAUACGGGAGGCAUUUGCGGACAUUGGGCUGCCGGCGCCGGAGCCCAAGGGCACCAUUGACUCUUUAGCUCUGUUGACUCAGAAGUUCGGAAGGAGAGCUGGCGAUAUGAAGAUGGCUAGUCUUGCUUCCUAUUUUGGUCUUGGACGGCAGAUACAUAGGAGCUUAGAUGAUGUUCGGAUGAAUCUUGAGGUGCUCAAAUAUUGUGCAACGGUUUUGUUCUUGGAGUCAAGCCUCCCAGACAUAUUCACAGAAAAUAGUUGGGUUUCUCCAAACGCUACUACAAGAAGUCGUAGCAAUGAAAAGUUAUCUCCAAAGGGGACGAGAUUAAAAGUGAACAGCCCCACAGGGAGUCUCAAGUUGGAAACUUGUGCUGCAUUGUCUCCUACAAAUCGAAGAACUGAAGAAAAUAGCAUGUUAUCAUCUCCCACAUCCAGUGGCACAGGGGAAGGAGUUCAGAAUUUGGCUGAAACCAAUACUUCUUCACUGGAUCCUUUUGACAUGGGCAUACUUGGCAAUGAAAUCACUAUGGUGGAAAUACCUGUGGCAGACUCUUCUGGGAUGUCGUCCACAAUAGCUAUCUCUGUGGAUUGCAAUGCUGACUUUUUAGAGCCUGAUAAAAUUUCUAUUCCUUCAAUUAGUGCAUUUCUUGUCCCAUUUUACCAUGGGAGCCAGAAAAUAAAGAUAGUGCACAAAGAUUGCGUCUUGCAGCUUUUUUGUGCUCAUCUGAAGGUGAGGUUUGGCAUAAACAUGAAGUUUCUUGAUCAUUCUGGCCGGCCACAGUUAAAAUUUGGGGUGGAAGCAUGCCCAAACUUAUGUAGGAUUCUGGAUGCAUGCGAUGAUAUUGCUCAGAAGAUGUCUGUGGAUUCUGGUAGCACCUCUGAAUGGAGGCGUACAGUGAUGAGGAAAAAUGGCUUCUUCAACUCUCCUACAGUGAGACUGGUCAUACCGACUGUGGUCAACCAGGAUACUGCUACUUACAGCACAGAGAUAUUGCAGAAAGAAUCUUCUGGGUGUUUGCAAAAGCUUGUGUUUAGUAGGUUUGAUGCUGCAGAACUCAAUUCCUUCCUUGUUCCAGGAACUUUCAUAGAUGCAUACUUGACCUUGGAUCCAUAUGACUAUCAGCAAAAUGCUGGCAUUCGACUGGUAGCAAAAAAGUUAGUUAUCAACUCCACGUGAUGGGAACCGGUCAAAAGAUACCCAAAUUCCUCAAGAUGCUUUGUAGGACACCAUGCUGCUAAUUUAACAUUCUUUGUCAAAAUUUGAAAGGAAAAAAAAAAAAAAAAAACCAGUAAAGCAGUGAAUCAUGAUAGAUAAUUUGAAUACAUGUAUUGUUUUAUCUGUUAAUAUUUUUAUCAGAACGUUGAUUUAAAUUUAAGUGCACGACAUAUUUCUUCUA